AUGGAUCAGGCGUUCCGUGACAAUCCGUCAGUUCCAACCGAUGUGGAGAGAUUGGCAGAAUGUAAAAUUAAGAAUGUAGAAAUCGGUGUCGAGGGUUCGAAUGUUCCCGGUACAGAUCAUCAAGAAAUAUUCCAUGGAACAGAACCUACAUCAGAACAACUUCCGUUUGAGAAUUUGGUAUUUGAAGGAGGGGGCGCGAAAGGAAUUGCUUAUGCAGGUGCUUUAAAGUAUUUAGAGAGAGUUGGAUUAUUAGAUCCCCAUGGCAACCAUAAGAUUAAGAGAUUUGCAGGAACCAGUGCUGGUGCCAUCACUGCCAGUUUAUUAGCUGUAGGAUGUAGUGCGGAUGAAGUCAAAGACAUCUGCGAAGCGCAGAAAAUCAAAAGUUUGAUCUACGGCUCAGUUCAAGAAGAGAUGGCGAAACAGAUCGAAAAGAAAACUCAAAAUCCAGAUCUGACUUUUAGACAGCUAUAUGAUAGAAAUGGUAAUGAAUUAUGUGUUGUCGUUACCAACCUCAGUAAUUUAACUGUAGACUAUCUACAUCCUAAAACAACCCCGGAUGUUAAAAUUCGAGAUGCUGUGACAAUGUCUAUGACUAUACCAGCGUAUUUCUCGGCUAUAAAAGAAGUAAUUGGACACGGAAGAGCUGAAGAUAUAUUUGUUGAUGGUGGAUUGCUCUGUAAUUAUCCUCUACAUUGUUUUGACGGUUGGUUUUUGUCCAUGAAACCAGAAGAUUCCUUCAUGAAUAGAAUCAGGUCGAUAGAAGACAUGCAUAGAUUGUACGACCACAGUGAACGAUUCGGAAAAUACAACCCCAAAACUCUAGGCUUACUUAUUUUUGCUGAUAAUGAUAGAGAAUGGAUGAAACAUCAUUUUGAUAAACGACCAGGAGCUCUGAUACCACGUUGUCCAUAUCCACAAACACCAUUAUCAUUAUCCAAACAAAAAAACAAUGAAACGAAGAAGAGAACUCAGACUGUUUAUGAUGAGACUAUCCAAGCUUUAGCUGUAUUUAGACAGAUAGCUCAUGAAAAGAGUAUAGAUAAUAAUUCUACCAUCAAUAGAACAGAAUUUACCAGAAUAUAUCAAGAUAAUCGACUAACUAAAGAAAUGAAGAGUAAUUUAUUUCAAGAUUUAAACGAAGACGAGGCUUUUCAAUAUUUAGACAAGAAUAACAGUGGCAAGGUAGAUUAUCUCGAACUGAUGGAAUUUAUACAGGGUUUGGGAAUUUGCCUGCAGAAUAAAUAUAUCGCCUUUAAUCGAGGAGAGCAGAUCAACAGUCUGGGUCUAUUCUUUAGAUCCUUAGCUUCAGCGCUGUUAGCCAAUUCUAAACUAGUCUUCAUUCAUGUAAUGUUCGGAAUUUCCCAUCAUGACAAAGUACAAUCAUCUUCACAAUGUACAGUCAUCUUCACAAUGUACAGUUAUCAUCAUAAAGUACAGUUAUCUUCACAAUGUACAGUUAUCUUCACAAUGUACAGUUAUCAUCACAAAGUACAGUUAUCUUCACAAUGUACAGUCAUCUUCACAAUGUACAGUUAUCUUCACAAUGUACAGUCAUCUUCACAAUGUACAGUCAUCUCCACAAUGUACAGUCAUCUUCACAAUGUACAGUUAUCUUCACAAUGUACAGUCAUCUUCACAAUGUACAGUCAUCUUCACAAUGUACAGUUAUCUUCACAAUGUACAGUUAUCUUCACAAUGUACAGUUAUCUUCACAAUGUACAGUUAUCUUCACAAUGUACAGUCAUCUUCACAAUGUACAGUCAUCUUCACAAUGUACAGUCAUCUUCACAAUGUACAGUUAUCUUCACAAUGUACAGUCAUCUUCACAAUGUACAGUUAUCUUCACAAUGUACAGUCAUCUUCACAAUGUACAGUCAUCUUCACAAUGUACAGUCAUCUUCACAAUGUACAGUUAUCUUCACAAUGUACAGUUAUCUUCACAAUGUACAGUUAUCUUCACAAUGUACAGUUAUCUUCACAAUGUGCAGUCACCUUCACAAUGUGCAGUCAUCAUCACAAUGUACAGUCAUCUUCACAAUGUACAGUUAUCAUCACAAUUUACAGUUAUCUUCACAAUGUACAGUUAUCAUCACAAUGUACAGUCAUCUUCACAAUGUACAGUCAUCUUCACAAUGUACAGUUAUCUUCACAAUGUACAGUUAUCUUCACAAUGUACAGUUAUCUUCACAAGGUACAGUUAUCUUCACAAUGUACAGUCAUCUUCACAAUGUACAGUCAUCUUCACAAUGUACAGUCAUCUUCACAAUGUACAGUUAUGUUCACAAUGUACAGUUAUCUUCACAAUGUACAGUUAUCUUCACAAUGUACAGUUAUCAUCACAAUGUACAGUCAUCUUCACAAUGUACAGUCAUCUUCACAAUGUACAGUUAUCUUCACAAUGUACAGUUAUCUUCACAAUGUACAGUUAUCUUCACAAUGUACAGUUAUCUUCACAAUGUACAGUCAUCUUCACAAUGUACAGUCAUCUUCACAAUGUACAGUCAUCUUCACAAUGUACAGUUAUGUUCACAAUGUACAGUUAUCUUCACAAUGUACAGUUAUCUUCACAAUGUACAGUUAUCUUCACAAUGUACAGUUAUCUUCACAAUGUACAGUCAUCUUCACAAUGUACAGUUAUCAUCACAAUGUACAGUCAUCUUCACAAUGUGCAGUCAUCUUCACAAUGUACAGUCAUCUUCACAAUUUAAAAUCAUCUUCACAAUGUACAGUCAUCUUCACAAUGUACAGUCAUCAUCACAAUGUACAGUCAUCUUCACAAUGUACAGUUAUCUUCACAAUGUAGUCAUCUUCACAAUGUGCAGUCAUCUUCACAAUGUACAGUCAUCUUCACAAUGUAAAAUCAUCUUCACAAUGUACAGUCAUCUUCACAAUGUACAGUUAUCAUCACAAUGUACAGUCAUCUUCACAAUGUACAGUUAUCUUCACAAUGUACAGUCAUCUUCACAAUGUACAGUUAUCAUCACAAUGUACAGUCAUCUUCACAGUGUACAGUCAUCUUCACAAUGUACAGUUAUCUUCACAAUGUACAGUUAUCAUCACAAUGUACAGUUAUCUUCACAAUGUACAGUUAUCAUCACAAUGUACAGUCAUCUUCACAAUGUACAGUUAUCUUCACAAUGUACAGUUAUCAUCACAAUGUACAGUCAUCUUCACAAUGUACAGUUAUCAUCACAAUGUACAGUCAUCUUCACAAUGUACAAUCAUCUUCACAAUGUACAAUCAUCUUCACAAUGUACAGUCAUCUUCACAAUGUACAGUCAUCUUCACAAUGUACAGUUAUCUUCACAAUGUACAGUUAUCUUCACAAUUUACAAUCAUCUUCACAAUGUACAAUCAUCUUCACAAUGUACAGUCAUCUUCACAAUGUACAGUCAUCUUCACAAUAGAGGAGAGAAUGCAGCUCGAGCCUACAUGAGAGAAUAUAUUGGACGGAGAAAUAAAAACAACUGGUGGUUUUUUUGA